ACUCUCUGGGAACCCUAAAUUCAUAUCUGGGGCCCAGGGGAUGUCACCCUCGCAUACAGAUUCACACUCACACCUCUUCAUAUCUCGCCUCAGGACCCGUCCAUGUUGAUGCUCUGUCACAUUUACGGGUCAAAUCAUCCAUUGGCCCUUGCUCGUCACACUUAACACCAACACCAGGACCAAAACCAGAAACUGAACGCCGAUAUCGACACCGCCUGCACUACUAUCCAUCAAAUUAAUGCCGACAACUGUAUCAACAACUGUACCAACACCAGCACAAAAAACAACAAAAACAACGGCAACAUCACCACCAUCAUCAUUAUCAUCAUCAUCCUCGUCUUCAAUACCCGUAAAAGCCGCAAUAGAGGCAAAUUCAUUAGCCAUUUGUUCCCUCCUUUCCUUCCUGGCCAUGGCCUCUCCUCAGAUCACAGUUGCGGCACAGGCUGUUUCACCGACUUGGCGCGCUUUCCAUGGAGCUGCAAUUGUGGAUACAUCCAUGGUCAUUUUUGGCGGGACCACGGACGCGGGCAGGAGCCCCUACGGUGCAACCAUCCCGGGCUCCAAUGAUGUCUGGGUCUGGAGUACGACCCUCCGUCAAUGGUCGCAGCCCUCCAUCCAAUUUCCAGGAUCCUCAUCGCCAGCACCACAGAAGUUUCUUACCUCAAUCCCUCUUCAGUCCCAGGGCAGGAUGAUGUCGCUGGUCGCCAAUGCGUCCUCGCCAGCCAAUGCUUUACUGGCUCUCGAUACUUACUUCUGGGUCUGGUCUAUACCCAACUCACCGAACCCUGCGGUUGCCCCUCAACUACGACUUGGGGCCGCUGUCGGCGCAUCAGACACGCAUGUAUUUGUACAUGGAGGAGCAGCCGCUGGUCAGAAUGGAUUUGCGACUACAACCGUCCUGAACGAUCUCACCAAACUGUUCUAUUUUUAUUAUGACGCUGAUGGCCAUAACUUCGGGGAGUUAAAGAUGAGAGCACCUUUCAGUGGACAUCAAUCGCCAACGGACCCGCGUUGAUGUACCACACUAUGUGCCGACUGUCAGGUUUAAACAUGAUGAUUAUCUUUGGCGGAAGCGAUCAAGCGACCCAGGCAUUCAACACGGUCCACACCUUCGAUCUCAACCUGGAAGUCUGGCAGUUGGCAGUGCCCGUCAGCGCAGGCAACGGCGGAACGAUACCCUCUGCUCGAAAGG